AUGGACUUUACUCCAAAAAAUACCCCCUUACAGACGCCUUUCACAAGUGACGUUAACAUAAAUCAAAUUCAAUCACAAACACAACCGCAUACGCAUACACAAACGCAAAAUCAGGUCGAUAAUAAUAAAAUAAAUAAACUGAAGCUUAAAGUUAAAGAUAAAAAUGUCAAUUACAGAUCUUCCUCAUUUGAUAUACCAGGUUUAACAAAAUCUAAAAAAUCUCCAUAUGGUUUACUUACAAAUGAUGACAUUGAAAAAAAAUUAAUCAUUGUAAUGUGUGGUUUACCUGCAUCUGGUAAAUCAUUUAUUACAAAUAAAUUAUCAAGAUAUUUAAAUUUUAUGAUGUUUAACUGUAAAGCAUUCAAUGUUGGUAAUACAAGAAGAACUUUUUCAAAAGAAAAUAAAUUAGAAGAACAAACUUCUGAUUUUUUUAAUGCUAAUAAUGAAAAAUAUUUACAGUUACGGGACAAAUGGGCAUUAGAUACUUUGGAAGAAUUACUAAAUUAUUUAUUGGUAAAAGAUGGUGCUGUUGCUAUUUUUGAUGCUACUAAUACAACAAAGGAAAGAAGAAGAUUAUUAUUCCAACAAAUUAAAAAUAGGUCAAAUAAAAUUAAUGUUGUAUUUCUUGAGACAAUUUGUUCGAAUGAAGAACUGACUAAAAAAAAUAUUAAACUAAAAAUAUCUGGGCCAGAUUAUAUAUAUAAAGAUCCAGUUGAUUCAUUAAUUGAUUUUGAAGAAAGAUUAAAGAAUUAUAAAAAAGUUUAUGAGUCAAUUGAAGACAGUGAAAAUUUAUCUUAUAUUAAAAUGAUAGAUGUUGGUGAAAAAAUAAUCACUUAUAAAUUAAAUGGGUUUUUAACAUCUGAAACCUUAUAUUAUUUAAUGAACUUUAAUUUGAAUGAAAGAAAAAUUUGGAUUACAAGAAAUGGAGAAAGUAAAUAUAAUUUAGAGGUUAAAAUGGGUGGUGAUUCUUAUCUAACAAAAAGAGGUAAAAAAUACUCAAAAGCGUUAAAGAAUUUUAUUGAUGACCAAAAACUUAUUGAACAAAAUAAUUAUAAAAUAAAGUCAGAUGAAACUCAAAAGAAAGAAUAUUUAAGAAUGAUUGAAAGAUAUGGAGAAAAUAAUAUUACCAUUGAUACGAAUAAUGAAGUAGAAGAAGUAGAAGAAGAAGAAAAUGAUGAAUUCCAUAUUUGGUCUAGUAUGAGGAAGAGAGCUAUUGAGAGUGUCCAAUAUUUUGAUGAAAAUAAAUAUCAAAUAAAACAAAUUAGAAUGUUAGAUGAGAUUAAUGCUGGCGAUUUUGACAGUUUAUCACAUUCUGAUUUUAAAGAGUAUUAUCCAAUAGAAUUUGAAAAGAAACAAAAUGAUACACUGAGAUACAAGUAUCCCGGUAACGGCGGGGAAUCAUAUUUAGAUGUCAUUAACCGCCUACGGACAGUAAUCAAUGAAAUUGAAAGAUUAAAAGAUAGUGUUUUAAUUGUGACACAUCCUGUCCCAGCAAGAGUGCUUUUAGGUUACUUUUUAAACAUUAGUAAAGACAUAAUUGCUGAUAUUGAUAUACCCCUACAUUGUGUUUACUGUCUGGAUAUAAAACCUUAUGGAAUAUCUUGGUCGCUAUAUGAGUAUGUUGAGAAAUUGGAUACAUUCGUUCAAUUGCCCCAAAACUCAAUAAAUACUACUAAAGUAAAAGAAGUCGGAUUGGUCUACAAAGAAAAACAUUACUCUGAGAUUCCAACCAAAUUAGCCAGAACUUUAAGCAAUGAAAAUAAUUGCUCGAGUUUAAUUCAUAGAAGUGUAAGCUUUGAUUCUUUAGUGGACCUUCCAAUGAGCCCAAAUGUUAAUAAAUAUAUCAUUAAAAAGAACAAGCAUUUGCACACCAUGCCUUUAAGUAGAAAACCCUUCACAAAAGAUGAUUUUGAAUAUUUGAAAUAA